AUGAUAAGGAGGGAUUCACACAUGGGUUUACUUUUCAAAAUUGUUUUGAUAGGGGAUUCAGGAGUUGGAAAGACAAAUUUGCGUUCGCGUUUCACAAAUGAUGAGUUUAAUCUUGAAAGUAAAAGCACAAUUGGUGUUGAUUUCGCCACAAAGAAUGUCAAAGUUGAUGGAAAAGUUGUUAAGGCUCAAAUAUGGGACACAGCUGGUCAGGAGAGAUAUCGGGCUAUAACUUCUGCUGGUACAAAAUAUCUUCAUAGUAUAGACGAUGAAAAGGCCAUAAUUGGAUUUACUAUCAUAUUUUAA